AAAAAAUUCAGGCUAACAAAUCAGGAAGAACGACGAAGACGAAGACGAAGACGAAGACGAGGAGCAGAGCGAUUGAGCUCGAGCCAAAUGGAUUUGUGGAGCCGAGCUCGGAGCUUCGCGGAGGAGGCCGCCAAACGGUCUCAGGAGCUGACCAAGGAAGCCGCGAAGCGAUCCCAGGAGCUCACCAUCGGCUCCUCGAGGCUCUCCGACAUCGUGUCCGAGACGGCGAAGAGGUCCAGGGAGAUCGCCGCCGAGGCGUCGAAGCGAGCCGACCAGAUCAAGCUCGAGGCCAUCAAGCGAGCCGAUCGGCUCAAGUCGCUGGCCGAGGGCUCCGGCGCGCUCGCCGGGACGGGGUCUGCCACGGGGGCGCGGAAGGAGGAGGAGGAGGUGGAGGUGGCGUUGGAUCCGGAGAAGCUCGGAGUCACUGAUGAAUUGAGAGAGUUCGUCAAGGAAAUCAACGUCACCACCUUCCGGGAUUUUCCCCUGCCAGAUGAUUCUGAGAUGUCAGACGUUCCUACAGUCUCAAAUGUAAGGCAGGACCUUACGGAGUUUCAAGAAAAGCAUGCCAAGCUUGUUCUUUCAUCUGUAAAGGAAAUCUCGACUUUGAGAUAUGAGUUGUGCCCACGGAUUAUGAAAGAACGGAAGUUUUGGAGAAUAUAUUUCAUACUAGUCAAUAGCCAUGUUGCGCCCUAUGAGAGGCAAUACAUGGAGGAUGUUAGACAAAAAGCAUCAGAAGAAGUUAAAGAACCUCCAAAUGCAGGAGUAGCAACUGAAGCAGAGACAAAGGAACCAAAUAAUCCGAGUAAGCUAGGCAAGACUUCCACCUCAACAGAGCAAGACUUGGAUGUCUUCCUUUUGGGAGAUCUUGGAGAUGAUGAUGAGGGACCAGAUGAUGGAGAUGCAGGCUUUGAUGAUGAUUUUGACAAAAUCAUUGAUAGUUCGGAUGACGAGAAAAAGAAAGAGUAGAAUAUACAGUGGCUGCAACGAAGCUUGUUCAUUGGUAGUCCGCAACAGGCAGAUCUUAGCGCAGCCAUUGAAAUCCGAAACCUUUGUGGAGUAUCCACAGAUAUGUCCUCCAACCCUUUCCUUUCUCUGUCUACUUGCUUUGGUCUCUCGAUUAUUUUCUUAUAUGUUUAUGGGAGAGAAGACAAGGGAAGGUGGUCAGUUGUAUAAAGUAUCGACUUUUGCAGUCGGGUGAAUUGCAUUUGUGGCUACCAUUCUUUGUAGGAUCAACUCUUAGAAAAAUAAUGCUACUUGACAAUGGCUC